AUGGCAAAACGAAAAAAAAAAAAGAGUGUAAGCAAUGGAGAAAAGCCACCGUCAACGUCCAAACCCUUCUUCUUCUUCUUCUUCUUCUUCUUCGACCCAUUUCCGGUCACAGAAAUUCCGUUCUAACCCCACCACCAAAGAUGGCAAAUUUACAAAGAAUAACAACCCCAAUGCUCGUGAAGACUUUGUUAAACCCAGAAGAGCUAGCCAACAAGUACAACAACAUGUGGAUGAUUCAUCCAAUCUUCCUGUCUUACUUGGAACUUGUCCCUUUAUGUGCCCAGUGGCUGAAAGGGUCCAGCGUGAGCGGCUCCGAGAUUUAGCUGUGUUUGAGAGGCUAGAUGGAAAUCCUAGAAAAACAUCCUCUGACCUCGCUGUCAAAAAGUUUUGCAGGACUAUAUCCAUCAGAGAUAUGCCAACAUCAGAUUUGCGGCCUCUUCCAGUAUUGGAAGACACUUUAGACUACCUUUUAAGCUUCUUGGAUUCUUCAGAACAUCCUUUUGAAGUGGUUCAUGACUUCAUCUUUGAUAGAACAAGGUCAAUAAGGCAAGAUCUCAGCAUGCAGAAUAUUGACAAUGAAAAAGCAAUCUACAUGUAUGAGAAAAUGGUUAGAUUUCAUGUUAUGUCUCUUCACAAGCUUCGAAGUUGUACCAAUGAAAAUAUAUCUUCAGUACACUACCUCAACAUGGAGCAGCUUACAAAGGCUCUGACAACUCUAUUUAAUCUUUAUGAUGCAAAUAGAAGUUCUGAAUCUAUUAAUGAGAAUGAAGCUGAGUUUCGUUCAUUUUACGUGCUUCUUCAUCUUGGUUCUAACAGCCAACCAACGGGAGAAUCACUUUCUUUAUGGUUUCGUCAAGUGCCUAUUCCAAUAAUCAAGUCAAAGGAAAUGUGUUUUGCCCGGAGAAUUUUGCGAUUUUUUCGAAUGGGCAAUUAUAAGCGUUUCCUUUUAACUACUGCAGCUGAGGCAUCCUUUCUACAGUAUUGCAUCAUUGAACCAUAUAUCAUAGAGGUACGAGAACUGGCUCUGUCAUGUAUAAAUAAUGGUGGCUACAAGCUUCAUCCAUAUCCACUGACACACUUAUCCAAACUCUUGAUGAUGAAGGAGUCAGAUUUGGUAUCAUUUUGCGGUGCUUGUGGCCUUGAAAUGGUCACAGAUGAAGUAGGAAAUAAGUCGUUACCCACCAAGCAAACAACUUUUUGUUCUCCCAAGGGAGGCUCUCAGAGCUAUGGCUUUCUGAAUUUGGAACCAUUUGAGAGGUAAAUUGCAGUUUGAGCAAUAGAACAAAUAAUUUGCACAGUGAAGAGUGGACAAUUAAGUCUCACUCGCUGACUUAUUAACAUGCACUUGUUGCUGCUGGAUGGGUUGUGUAUAUUAAGAUGUACUUUGAACAUGAAUUAUUAAAUGUUGUAAUAGAAUUUGAUAUUUCUAUCAACUUUACAUCAAGAGGGCUACCAUGUUUUAGUCUAAGCAGUAGUUGAGGGUACAAAAUUCCUAUUGUAAACUGUUUUGGCUAAGGAAUUUGUAUAUAUGAAAGUGUCUGCCAACGCAAUAUCACAUCGCAAGCAGUCAAUUAUAAACCUUCUAACAUUGGUAAAA